AUGAAUUACGACAUCAAACAAAUAAAUGACCCAAUUCAUGGAUAUAUGGAAUUUGAUGAUUGGGCUAUAGAAGUCAUCGACACACCAGAAUUUCAAAGACUAAGAAACCUUAAACAAUUAGGGACUACAUAUUUUGUUUAUCCUGGAGCAAGUCAUAAUAGAUUUGAACAUUGUCUAGGAGUUGGUCAUUUAUCAAAUAAACUGUUGAAACAACUUUAUAAAAAUCAACCUGAACUUAAAUCUGGGUCAUUUGAGUCUGAUCUAAAAUGUGUGACAUUGGCAGGUUUAUGCCAUGAUUUAGGUCAUGGACCUUUUAGUCAUGUUUUUGAUAAUCGUGUUAUUCCUAAACUUAAACUUGGUCAUGAAGAGGGGUCGGUAAAGAUGUUUGAUCAUUUAAUCGACGAGAAUCAUAUUGAUUUGAAUCCAGAAGAGGUAAAACUUAUUAAAUCUUUAAUAACUGGUAAAGAUCCUUCCAGAAAUAAAUCAGAAAACAGUGGGCGUGAAUUUUUAUUUGAUAUUGUGGCAAACAAACGUAAUUCAAUUGAUGUGGAUAAAUUUGAUUAUUUAGAGCGAGAUUGUUAUAAUAUAGGAAUAAAAUCAUCAUAUGACAGCUCGCGACUAAUGAAGUUUAGUCGUGUUAUCGAUGAUCAAAUCUGUUAUAGUCAUAAGGAAUCUCAUAACAUUUAUGAGUUAUUUCAUACAAGAUAUUCCUUGCACAAAAAAGUUUAUCAACAUCCCGUAGCUACAGCAAUUGAUCAUAUGUUGGCAGACGCUUUAGUUAUGGCAAAUGAUGUUUUCAAAUUUUCAGAAUCGAUUUUUGAUCCUAAUUUAAUGGCUUUAAAUCGAUCAGAUUUCCAUGAAGAAGAUAUAAUUGUCCAUAAACACAAAAUCAAUUAUUCUAAAAAAAGUGACAAUCCUGUGGAUUCUGUAAAAUUUUAUAAAAAACAUUGUGAUAAAGAUAGAAAUGAAACAAGUUAUCUAGCACCCGAACAAUUCGAAGAAGUAGUAAUUCGUAUAUAUACUAAGAAACCCGAUCAAUUGGGAAAAAUUCAAAAUGCAUUUCGUGAUUUGAUAAAGAAACAUUAUUCUAUCACCACUGCAUCUACUGAUUAUAGUAGCGGUUAUGUUUCAGUUGCACUCGCCAACAACAACAAGCUUGAUAAAGCACCAACAAUUGAUACAAAGAAUAGACCACCAGGUAUUUUAAAUUGUCUUAAAUCUUAG